AUGAGCGACGAGUUCGAAAUCGAGGUGCCUAGCGUGCCCGACGCGGUCCAGCAGAAGAUUGAGGAUGCCUCUGGCGAGAAAAAGAUCCGAUAUCUCCGGUUCAUGGCCGAACAGACUGUCCAGCACGUCAACUUUGUCCGUGAACAAGUCAAAGAGGUUGAGAACUUCUGGCCCUUCACACUGCUCUCACAUAUCUCCGUCAAGCAGGCUUGCUCCGCCAAGGCGGACCGUCAGGCUCUGACCUACCUCAAGGACGUCGAGUACAUCCAGGACCCGAAAGACCCUCGGCCGUACGAGGUGAUCUUCCACUUCCGCGAGAACCCCUUCUUCUCUAACUCGUCCCUUAGCAAGAAGUACUCUCUGCCCAAGGGCGUUGAGACUGCCCCGGCGGACGGAUCUGUCACCCAGGAGAUGCGGGACUUUGACGUUGGAGACCUCGAGUGCUCUGCCUCAACUAUCGACUGGAAGGACAACCUAUGCGAGAAGUACCCCCGGAAGAAGGUCCAGGAUAACUCGGAAGAGUAUGACGGAGACCAAGGAUCAUUCUUCCACUACUUUACCGAGGCGUCUGACCCUUGGUCGCUCGGCGUGAUAAUGCAGCAAGACAUCCUUCCGGACGUGUUCGACUACUUCCGCGGGAUCGGCGACAAUUGCGUCGACCAGUACGAUUCGGAAGACGAGGAGGACGAGCUGGAUGAGGAGGAUGGGGACGAUGAUGAGGAGAUUGAUCUCGAGGAGGACCCGAAGCCCAAGAAGAAGCAGAGGACGCAAUAG